GUGCACUGAGUGAGGAUGAGACACUUAGUCUCCGUCACUUUAUUGCUACUGUACUGUUUGUUGGGCUGUUCUGAUACCCAUCGUUCUACUUCGAAUGCACGAGAUGAUUUCAAGUCAGCAUUGAUGGAAUACAAGGGAGCAUAUGACGCAAGCCAACUAAUGCAAUAUCAUAUUUUGGAGAAUUCGGCUAUUUCCAAUGAUGCAUACAACUUUGCCCUGCUGCUAACGGAAAGCCAAAGACUGGAUAAUUUAUACCGACUGAAAUGGAUUAAUGAACUAAUAUCUUCACCUGUAUUCCAGGCGAACAAGGUGACUGACGAAGACACUAAGAGACGAUAUGCAAAUGAGUACGAAGAGGGGAAACGCCUGAAUAAAUCUACUAGUCUGCGCGAAGAAGACAUUAAAAUCCUUAUUGAGACAUUUGAAGAGAAAUGGAAAGCCAGAGCAAGAUUGGAUGCUGCUGAAGAUGCUCAGCUGUCUAGAUCAUCGGCUACGUGUUCGAAGAAGGAAGUCUACGGACCAGAGGAAUACUAUAUGACGGAAUCGGUGAGACAAAUUCAAGAACUGAAAAAGAAUGCCAAAAAUAUUCUUCAUGGACUAUUUCAAACAUUCAAGCAACUCGUGUGGAAUAACAAGGAGACACUAUAUGCUUCAUUAGAAAGGAAAAUCAAAUUUGCCGAAGAGGCGUACCGCAGUGAAUUAGAUGCACUUGCCGAAACAGUAGUCGACGUGGAGUAUAAGCGACUUCAUUAUUUAAAAUUACUUUGUCCAAAGGAAAGAGUCAAAGUCUUAAUAGACUCAGUGACUGAGGAGGCUUACACACCAAAAAAAUAAACAUCGUCUACCAGCAAUGGAUCAGCACACUGGACGAACAUAUCUACAAUAAAUUGAAGUCCUGUCCACCAUGUGUUCGCGAUUAUUUAACUCUUAACUCAGUAACUCUCUCUUUCACAGAAAUAUUGGCGAAAAUACUUUUCUCUCUGCUUUUUUUAACUGAAUUUUAAUACAAAUAAAUGAGUGUGUGUGUGUCUGCCA